AUGGCAGCGGCUAAGGAUCUCAAAACCCCUUUACUUCCGUCCUCCGACGACUACGGCCGCCUGUCACAGCCACCAUCAGAUGCCGAUCAUCAACUUCAUAACCCUCAACUCAUCCUAGACGUCAUCGAUCAUUUGGAUCCUUCCGCAUCUUCAAAUCAUGAAACACCGACAAACGAAUUUCCCGGGUCGACCACGGUGGAUCCGUUUAGGAACCAUACACCCAAGAUUGAAGGGGUUUAUGAGUGGGUUAAGUUGUUGAUCUGUGCGCCGAUUGCAUUAGCUCGACUUGUAUUGUUCGCAUUUUGUUUGGCGAUCGGGUAUCUCGCUACAAAAUUUGCAUUAAGUGGCUGGAAAGAUAAACAAAAUCCAAUGCCCAAAUGGAGGUGUAGGGUUAUGUGGAUCACCCGAUUGUGUACUAGGGGGAUUCUGUUUUCAUUUGGAUACCAUUGGAUACAGCGAAAGGGGAAACCAGCUCCAAGGGAAAUUGCUCCUAUCAUUGUAUCUAAUCACGUAUCUUACAUUGAUCCAAUCUUCUUCUUCUAUGAAUUAUUCCCAACAAUUGUUGCAUCUGAAUCCCACGAUUCCAUGCCCUUUGUUGGUACCAUUAUUAGAGCUAUGCAGGUGAUAUACGUAGAUCGUUUUUCACAACAAUCACGGAAGCAUGCAGUAAACGAGAUAAAGAGAAAAGCCUCCAGCGACAGAUUUCCUCGGCUACUUUUAUUUCCUGAGGGAACCACAACAAAUGGAAGGCUGCUUAUUUCAUUUCAACAUGGCGCAUUUAUACCUGGUUAUCCUAUUCAACCAGUUGUUGUUCGUUAUCCUCAUGUACAUUUUGAUCAAUCAUGGGGUCAUAUUUCAUUGGCGACACUCAUGUUUAGAAUGUUCACACAAUUUCAUAAUUUUAUGGAGGUUGAAUAUCUUCCCAUUGUUUCACCCUCGGAACAUCAUAAGGAAAGUGCUGUUCGUUUUGCUGAAAAAACAGGUAGAGCCAUGGCUCGUUCUCUCAAUGUUGUGCAAACAUCACAUUCGUUUCUUGAUUACUUGCUUCUUUCAAAGGCAGCUGAUUCUGGACAUGAAAAUCCAUCUCUCUUUGUGGUUGAAAUGGCAAAGAUUCAACAAUUAUUUCAUUUGAGCUCUUCAGAUGCUCUAGACUUGUUGGAUAGAUUUCUUGCUAUGAAUCCUGAUUCCAGUGGAAACGUCAAAAUUCAAGAUUUUUUAAGGGUUUUAAGAUUAAAGCGUUGUGGUCUCUCAGAAAAGAUGUUUGAGUUCAUUGAUGUGGGCAGGAAUGGGAAAAUCAUCUUUAAAGAGUUCUUGGUAGCAUCAGCUCAUGUACUCAACCAGCCAUUGUUCCAGCAAGCUUGUGAAAUGGCCUUCACUGAAAGUGACAUUAAUCAAGAUCAUUACAUUUCUGAGCAAGAAUUUGGUGCUUCAUUGAUGCCAGCCAUGGGAAGUUUGAGUACGGAUGAGAUAGAUGGGGUGUUCAAUCUAUUUGAUGAAGAUGAUGAUGGUCGGAUCAGCAAGGGCGAUUUUGUAAAUUGCUUAAGAAAGAACCCAUUGCUCAUAGCACUUUUUUCUCCCCAUUUCAUGCAUAAAGACUUGGAUCAAAAUGCAGCAGCUGUUGAAGUAAUGAGCCUUCAUAAAGUGAUCGACAUUAAAGAACCAUGUGAAAAAAAAAGCAUCAAUCUCAUGCAUAUGUGUGUUUAA